AUGCCGUCACUCAAACCGCGUGUUCGACUUGUCCUCUUCGAUGUCUUUGACACUCUUUGUACUCCCCGCCUUCCGAUCCACGAACAGUACGCUGCCGAGGCCCAUGCCGCGGGCAUCCGAUCCGUGACGGCGCUGUCCGUUCGGGCCGCGUUCAAACCAGGUGAGUUGGAUGCGACCACUCUCUGUACAACAACAAACGUGCAGGGCAGUCACUUUCCCGGGCAUGUUCGGGACGUGGGCGACGAGAACGUAUCAUCGUGUCCUGAUCCAUGGAUCCUGUGCACGAUUGUUCUCGACUCGUCCCACGUUCGUCACGACUCCGGAACACGCUCGAGUCGGGAUAUCAGGCAGGGGGAGACCCUUAAUGGGCCCUUCGCACCAAUCUCAUCCGCGAGUGCCGCCGCUGACGUCUGCUCUCCAGCGUAUAAAGAGAUGACGGCCACCCACCCUCUAUACGGCAAGCACUCGCGCCCCCCUCUCACGCCCGAAGCGUGGUGGACCGCGCUCAUCAAUAAGUGCAUGGUGCACGCUGGUGCGACCGAGCAAGAGCUGGCUGAACACGGCCAACAUCUCGCCAAGGCGCUGCUGCGUCGCUUCGAGAGCGACGUUGGGUACAAGAACUUUCCCGAGACUCUCUCAACGCUCAAGGGCCUGCGAGACCUCGGGGUCAAGAUCUCUGCCGUAUCCAACGCCGAUCCCCGGAUCCUGCACACUCUCUCCGCCCUCGGCAUCGAGCAACUGUUCACCACUGAGCCCACGCUCAGCUGGGAUGUCGAGGCCAGCAAGCCUAGCCCCGUCAUCUUCCACGCUGCGUGCGAACGCGCUGGAGAGCAGCCCGGUGAGGGAGUGAUCAUGGUCGGAGACGAGCUCGAAGCCGACUUCAACGGCGCCAGAUCCGCCGGCCUCGAAGCCCGCCUCGUCCGCCGACCGGGAGAAUGGUCCGACGGCGCGAUCCGCGAGGCGGAAGAGGACCUCGGCGGCGUCAACGUCGUUCGCAGCCUCGAGGCGGUCCUCGCCGAAACCCGCCAGCGCAACACCACCACCGCCACAUGA